AGGAAGAUCAGGAGCAGAUCUGAAGAAAUGCAGAGUGAACUGCUGCCAGUAAGCAUGUCAGAGACAGGGCACAUAGCCUCCACUUCCACUGAUGAAAAGGUAGAAAAAGCACCCGUAGACUCCUGCAGCUCGUUUUCUGGUGAUGGAAGCAACAGCUUAGAAAAUGAGUCGAAACCAUUGUCACCAAGCUUCAGUACGACUUUAUGUCAACCUAAUGAACACAGUCACCAAACUGAAGCACAAGAAAAUGCUGUCUCAGAUCAUGGUGGAGGGGAGGAUUCUUGUGCUAAAACAGACAUAUGCACAGAAAAUUCUGAACAAAUAGCUAAUUUUCCUGGUGGCUAUUCUACAAAGCAAGUUUCAAAAGCAAAUGACACCGAGCAGACAGUAACUGAAAUAUUGGUGGAAUUAAGGUCGUCUACAUUUACAGAAGCAGCUAAUCAAAAGGCUUAUUCAGAAAGUCCCUAUGACACAGACUGUACCAAGAAACUUAUUUCAAAAAUAAAGAAUGUUUCAGCAUCAGAGGACUUGUUGGAAGAAAUCGAAUCUGAGCUCUUAUCUACAGACUUUGCAGAUGAACACCGAGUACCGAAUGGAAUGAAAAAGGGGGAGCACGCGUUAGUUAUGUUUGAGAAAUGUGUCCACGAAAAGUAUUUGCAGCAGGAGCAUACCAUAAAGAAAUUAAUUAAAGAAAAUAAGAGACAUCAAGAGCUCAUUAUAGAUAUUUGCUCAGAAAAAGACAAUUUAAGAGAAGAACUAAAAAAAAGAACAGAAACAGAGAAACAGCAUAUGAGCACAAUUAAACAGUUGGAAUCAAAACUAGAAGAGCUUAAUAAAGAAGUCAAAGCUUCCAAAGAUAAAUUAGUAGCUCAAGAUAUUACAGCUAAAAAUGCAAUUCAGCAGUUACACAGGGAGAUGGCCCAUCGGGUGGAACAGGUCAACAGAAAAUGUGAAGAGGCACGCCAAGAGAAAGAAGCGAUGGUGAUGAAGUAUGUGAGAGGUGAGAAGGAGUCCUUAGACCUUCGCAAGGAGAGAGAGACACUCGAGAGAAAACUGAGAGAUGCAAAUAAGGAGUUUGAGAAAAACACUAACAAAAUUAAACAGCUUUCUCAGGAGAAAGGAAGGUUGCACCAGCUGUUUGAAGCAAAGGAAGGCGAAGCAGCUAGGCUCACCAGAGAGGUAGACAAAUUAAAAGAAGAUGUCAACUCUCACAUCAUUAAAGUAAAAUGGGCACAAAACAAAUUAAAAGCUGAAAUGGAUUCACACAAGGAAACCAAAGAUAAACUCAGAGAAACAACAACAAAGUUAACCCAAGCAAAGGAAGAAGCAGAACAGAUACGAAAAAACUGUCAGGACAUGAUAAAGACAUAUCAGGAGUCAGAGGAAAUUAAAUCAAAUGAGCUUGAUGCCAAGCUCAGAGUCACCAAAGGAGAACUUGAAAAACAAAUGCAAGAAAAAUCGGACCAGUUAGAGAUGCACCAUGCCAAAAUAAAGGAACUGGAAGAUCUAAAGAGGACGUUUAAGGAGGGCAUGGAUGAGCUGCGAACAUUGAAAACAAAGGUAAAAUGUCUAGAAGAUGAGCGAUUAAGAACAGAAGAUGAAUUAUCAAAAUACAAGGAAAUUAUUAAUCGCCAAAAAGCUGAAAUUCAGAAUUUAUUGGACAAAUUGAAAGUUGCAGAUCAGAUUCAGGAGCAAUUUCAAAGUGGUCAACAAGAAAUUGAAACUUUGAAGGAAGAUGUGGAAAGUCUUAAUUCUUUGAUUAAUGAUCUGCAAAAAGACAUCGAAGGCAGUAGGAAAAGAGAGUCUGAGCUCCUCCUAUUCACAGAAAGGCUGACUAGUAAGAACGCACAGCUGCAGUCCGAAUGCAACUCUUUGCAGUCCCAAUUUGAUAAGCUUUCCUGUAGUGAAAGUCAGUUACAAAGCCAGUGUGAACAAAUGAAGCAGACAAAUAGUACUUUGGAAAGUAGACUGUUGAAAGCAGAAGAACUGCGAAAAGAGGAAGUUCAGGCACUACAAGCUGAACUCACUUGUCGGCAAACAGAAGUUAGAACACUGAACACCCAGGUAGAAGAAGUAAAAGAUGAAUUAGUAACUCACCGACGUAAACAUGCUUCUAGCAUCAAAGAUCUUACCAAACAACUUCAGCAAGCUCGGAGAAAAUUAGAUCAGGUUGAAAAUGGAAAUUAUGAUAAAGAAGUCAGCAGCAUGGGGAGUCGCUCCAGUUCAUCAGGAUCGCUUAAUGCUAGAAGCAGUGUAGAAGACCGAUCUCCAGAAACUACCGGGUCUUCAGUAACUGUGGAUAACUUUCCAGAAGUGGACAAGGCCAUGCUGAUUGAGCGGAUCGUGAGGCUGCAGAAAGCACAUGCCCGGAAAAAUGAAAAGCUAGAAUUUAUGGAGGACCAUAUAAAACAACUGGUAGAAGAAAUUAGGAAAAAAACCAAAAUAAUCCAGAGUUACAUUUUACGGGAAGAAUCAGGCACACUUUCUUCAGAGGCUUCUGACUUUAAUAAAGUCCAUUUAAGCAGACGGGGUGGCAUCAUGGCAUCUUUAUAUACAUCUCAUCCAGCCGAUAGUGGAUUAACACUGGAACUCUCUUUGGAGAUCAAUCAAAAAUUACAGGCUGUUUUGGAGGAUACAUUACUAAAAAAUAUUACAUUGAAGGAGAAUCUUCAAACACUUGGAACCGAAAUAGAACGCCUUAUUAAACACCAACAUGAACUAGAACAGCGGAUGAGGAAAACUGAACACUAAGUAGUACUCAGUCGACAGGCAAGAGCUGCACAGGGCCAGGUGCC